GCGGGACGCGUGCUGUCUUGAUGCCUUCGUCGUCGUCGGUACGCGCCUUUGUUCUCGUAUUCGAGAGUGACUCUUUCACCGUUAUUCUGAGGAGGUAAUUCGUACUGAUCAGGAGCGAUCGGGCGCCGUGUACGAUGGAGGAAAUAGUAGCCAAAGUAGGAAAUGUCGUGUUCGAGCUGGAAGUGGCCCUGGAGCAGCAACUGGGCGCACUGCCGCUACCGUUCCCUGGUAUGGACAAGUCCGGAGCAGCCGUGUGCUGCUUUUACGUGCAGGGAAACUGCAGCAAGGCGUCUGCGUGCCCUUUCAGGCACGUUAAGGGUGACAGAACAGUGGUCUGUAAGCACUGGCUGCGAGGUCUCUGCAAGAAAGGCGACCAGUGCGAGUUUCUCCACGAGUUUGACAUGACGAAAAUGCCGGAGUGUUACUUCUAUUCACGUUUCAACGCGUGCAGUAACAAGGAGUGCCCGUUCCUACACAUCGAUCCCGAAGCGAAAAUCAAAGAUUGUCCCUGGUACGACCGCGGCUUUUGUCGACACGGCCCAGUCUGUCGCCACCGGCACACCCGGCGCGUCAUGUGCGUCAACUACCUUUGCGGAUUUUGUCCUGACGGGCCGGAGUGCAAAUUCAUGCAUCCCAAGUUUGACUUGCCCAUUCAGGACCCGGCGCAGCAAGCGAAAAAGGCCAACAUUGUGUGCCAUUACUGUGGUGAGGCAGGGCACAAAGCAAUAUCCUGCCACAAAAUGCCGCCUGAAGUGCGAGAGGAGCAGCAGCACUCUCGCAUGCAGUUCCACAACCACUACGGAGGAAUGCACCGACGGGAUCACGACGACAGUGGAGGCCCUAGCCCGGGAGGACAACGGGGCUUCAGACCGCUGGAUCAAGUCACUUGCUACAAGUGUGGAGAGAAAGGACAUUAUGCCAAUAAAUGCCCGAAGGGACAUUUAGCAUUCCUCAGCAGUGCCCUUCAGAACACGCCGAGUGUGUAAAUUUGUUCAGAGUAUGGCACUAAAGUGUAGAUACACACAUUGGAUGCAGUGCGUGUCCCUGCAACUGAUGUUUCUUUGUGUUGCUGUAAGCCCCUCUGUGAGUCUUUCCCAAUUCAGUGAUCACACAGCUACAGAAACUGGAAGGGCAGUGCGCGUGUUCCCAUCACAGUGUCAGUUAUUGCGUGUCUGAGUGUAAGAUCAUAGUUUGGUCUUGAUCUAAUUUUUCUACAUGUUUGUGGUGAAGUCCAAGGUUUAUUUGUGGAGGUUUUAUAGUACCAGGGGAUUACAUAAUGGAUCAAGUUAGGCGCACGGACAAGCUUGUUUAUUAGUUGUGUGUGUGCGUGUCCAG